AUGUCUGCCGAGUCGGUCAGCGAGUUGCCGAUUCACUAUGGUGAGGUGCAGAAAGAUGGCACCCGAAUUGAACGUCCGUCAGAAGAGAGAACUAGGGGACGGUCUUUGCACGACGAAGCCGAGUUCCUAGUCAUAAACCUUUCUCAGUCUGCAAUGGGGAAUCGCCCACCUGCCUCGAUGCCUGACAAGGACAUGCAGCCACGGAGUUCUAGAGACGAAACUCGCAAUAAUCGAGGCACCAGCCACAGCAGACCUGGCUAUCCGCCAACGAGCGCCAGAGCCUUUGAUGGUGGAAAGUCUUCCUUUGGCCGAAAUGAGUACAGACGCAAUGUCCGUCAGCGGAUGAGACAUGACGAUAAUGAGCGUUACAGUGGCUACGAUGAUGGAUACGACGAACCGCAUCGGCCACGGCGCAUUCAACAACGAGCUUACUAUCCUGGCGACGAGUAUAGCAUCCGUCGCCGACCAUCACGGGCUUCUCGAUAUGGAACGACAUAUUCCCAAGAUCCACCAAGAACGAGCCUGGAAGAUGACGAUGAAGAGCCCUACAGACCAAGGAGAUUUCGUUCACAACGGAAGUCACUAGCAUCCCAGAGACCAUUCGUAGAACAUCAGGGAGACGAAUAUGAAGGACAAGAAAGAGCUAACCACGAAGAAUACGCAAGGGAUGGAUCGCCAGGUAAUCACAAGCCUUUCAGGUUCACAGAUCUCACACGUGAGGAAAAGAGACAAAUCAUGCGUUUGCCCUUAACGCAAUGGAUGGAUAGUAGCUUCAAGAACCAUUUUGUCGCUACAUUGGGUGAAUUCAUUGGUAAAACCAUGUUCCUCUGGUUUGCAUUUGCUGGAACACAAGUUGCAAACAUUCCGUCCGGCAAUUCUGCGAACAACUCCACCUCUGGCGGUGAAACGGGAUUCUCAGCGAUUUCUCUUCUCUACAUUGCGAUCGUCUUCGGCUUUUCACUCAUGGUUAAUGUUUGGGUCUUUUUCCGUAUAUCAGGCGGUCUCUUCAAUCCUGCUGUUACGUUGGCAAUGUGGAUGACCUCGGCUAUUCCACUGGUUCGUGCCGUUUGCCUAGUGAGUGCCCAGGUUGCCGGUAGCGUUGCAGCAUCCGCACUGGUCCUAGUUCAGUUCCCAACUGCUCUUAAUGUUCGAACAACACUUGCUGGAGGAACUUCACUCGUUCAAGGUGUCUUUAUCGAAGCUGUGCUCACAGCCGAGCUCGUUUUCACGAUCCUAAUGUUAGCAAAGGAAAAGCAUAAGGCGACCUUCGUCGCACCUGUAGGUAUUGGACUAGCCCUCUUCAUUGCUGAACUGGUUGGUGUGUUCUACACAGGUGGUAGCCUCAACCCAGCACGCAGUCUCGGCCCAUGUGUGGUGACCCGAACAUUUGACUCAGAGCACUGGAUCUACUGGGUCGGACCUGGAGCUGGGGCACUGGCGGCCGUGCUCUUCUACAAGUUUAUCAAAAUGCUUGAGUAUGAAGUUGCAAAUCCAGGCCAGGAUGCGGAAGAUACCACGGAAGCAGCUAUCGCCGCUCAAGAGAAGAGAGGGGGCAGAGCUAUAGGGACUGCCCUUUGA